GCUGACUGGGAGGGGCCUGCUCUGAUGCAGCACAGGCAUAUGACAGCAGUAGCAGCAACAGCAAUCAGAGCCCUUCUCCGGGCGGGUUUUGCUGCAGUACGCUGAUUGCCACUUUACAGCAUCCAGCAAGAUCCCCAGCAGCAGGCACUUGGAGGAGACUCUGCGUGGGCACUUGUUUAAGGAGUACCUGACUAAACAAUUGGGUUAUUCUUUAACUGCAGGAGAAGUGCCUGUAUUCCCUUCACGCAAGCUCCCUACUGGCUUUCUGCAUUCAUAAUUUGUCGGAGCCGUUUUUCCCUCCGUCCUUCUCCCAUUAGUUCUUUUUCUUUCCCUUUUUUUUUUUUUUUUUUUUUUUUUUUCCGAUCGUUAUUCACCCCCCCAAAUCUGUGCUGCAUCACUAGCUCUCAUUAUGCUGUGCUCAGUAGCCCAGUGUGUUCUCCGCCUCUGCUAGGCAGCGGCAGCAUGGAUGGUGCUCUUGUGACGACCUCUGCUGAUGCUAUCAGUCCACUGCGGAUAGGCAUGCUGAGUAAUCCUGCUGUAAAUGGGCGAGGACACGGACACACGAAAAAUUAACCACAGCUUUCUUCGAGACCACAACUAUGUGACUGAAGGACAGGUAUAGCAAGGGCAGCAGCAAUGCAAGCUUCCCCACAUUGUCCUGCCAAUGUUCCUCAACCCAGUUCGGAAGAGGUCACUUCUGGAGCUGAUAUUAUUUCUACAGUUGAGUUCAACCACACUGGAGAACUGCUGGCUACUGGUGACAAGGGGGGUCGGGUUGUUAUAUUCCAAAGGGAACCUGAGAGUAAAAAUGAGCCUUACAAUCAGGGGGAGUACAAUGUUUACAGCACUUUCCAGAGCCAUGAACCUGAAUUUGAUUAUUUGAAGAGCUUGGAGAUAGAAGAAAAAAUAAACAAAAUCAAGUGGUUACCACAGCAAAAUGCAGCUCACUCACUUUUAUCAACAAAUGAUAAAACAAUCAAGUUAUGGAAAAUUACUGAAAGAGAUAAGAGACCAGAGGGGUACAACUUAAAAGAUGAAGAAGGAAAACUUAAAGAUCUUUCUACAGUAACAUCACUGCAGGUGCCUGUAUUGAAACCUAUGGAUUUGAUGGUAGAAGUCACUCCCCGGAGAAUCUUUGCUAAUGGUCACACCUAUCAUGUCAACUCAAUAUCCGUCAACAGUGACUGUGAGACAUACAUGUCAGCAGAUGAUCUCAGGAUUAACCUCUGGCAUUUAGCAAUCACAGAUAGGAGCUUCAACAUUGUAGAUAUAAAGCCAGCCAAUAUGGAGGACCUGACGGAAGUGAUUACAGCCUCUGAGUUUCAUCCCCAUCACUGCAAUCUCUUUGUCUACAGCAGCAGCAAAGGAUCCCUGAGACUCUGCGACAUGAGGGCAUCGGCUCUCUGUGACAAACAUUCCAAGCUUUAUGAAGAACCAGAAGACCCCAGUAACAGAUCAUUUUUUUCAGAAAUUAUCUCUUCAGUGUCAGAUGUCAAAUUCAGUCACAGCGGUAGAUACAUGCUAACAAGAGAUUACCUCACUGUCAAGGUUUGGGAUCUGAACAUGGAAACAAAGCCUGUAGAAACAUACCAGGUCCAUGAUUACCUUCGGAGCAAGUUGUGUUCCCUCUAUGAAAAUGACUGCAUCUUUGACAAGUUUGAAUGUGCGUGGAAUGGAUCAGACAGUGUGAUAAUGACAGGUGCAUAUAACAACUUUUUCCGAAUGUUUGACCGAAAUACCAAGCGGGAUGUUACCUUGGAGGCAUCCCGAGAGAGCAGUAAACCACGAGCUAUUCUUAAGCCCCGGAGAGUCUGCGUCGGAGGCAAACGGAGGAAAGAUGACAUCAGUGUUGACAGUUUGGACUUUACUAAGAAGAUCUUGCACACAGCGUGGCACCCAACUGAGAACAUCAUUGCUAUAGCAGCGACAAACAAUCUGUACAUAUUUCAGGAUAAAGUGAACUCAGAAAUGCACUAGAUUUAUCAAUAUCCCUCUAUAUUUACAAACCAGCCUCUUGAGAAUUGUAGAAGGAUGUGAUCUUCACAAAAAUUGUGGCUUCUGUGGUGGGAUUUGUAGGUUGCAUCCUUUCAUCCCUCAGCCUGUAUCAUUACUGGUGACAAGCCAACUAUUUUCCAUCAUUGCAACUGUAUGAGUAAAAGGCACGACUGCAAAGCCAGUACUGUGGUCUGUAUCGGUUCCUUUAAACAGACAGGGGUAUUUAUUCACAUUGGGGGCGUUCCUGAGGAGGGCUGAGACUCCUCAACUCCCGUCAGUCCUUUCGAGGGUCUCAGAGGUUCACAGGACCAUGCUGUUCUGGUGCACUGCCUGCUUUUGCAGUCCACAGCAUUUACCACAUUGUUAGAGCUUUUUGCCUCAAUCUCUUGAUUAUUUUUUUUCAGUAACAUUUUCCUGUCUUUCAACUAAAAAGCCAGUUUGAGUGAAUGAAUAGCCACAUCCCUUUAGACUACGUGGCACAUUGGAGGGGCCUCACGACAAUUAUAACUGGGAGCAGAAGUUGGUGAAAAGCUGCCCUGUCUCACCCAUCCCAUUCCCUUCUUUACAACAUCUCCUUAUUUAUUUAUUUAUUCACAUUACUUUGUGCUUCAACUUCCCUAGUGAAUAAGUGACAGACUGGUAUAGUUACUCAGCCAGCUUAUUUUAAGCAGCUCAUUCUCCGUAGGUCUCUUUGCUCUGUUUAAAACAAUAACUAGUAUUUUCAUCAUGUGGAGGACUAUUAAAAACCUCGGUGUUGCCACUCCAGAGGGACUGGCUGGUCAGACACCGCCUGGCAGUUAACAUACAAACCUGUCCUGCUGUUUGGGGGUUGGAGUUCUGGAAACCUUGGCUAGAAGUGCUGUCCUUGAAGGCAAUGAUCGACUUCAGUGGGGACAAAGUUACAUCACUGCUAGACACUUCAGAAAGUCCCUCGUUCGUGUGCUGCAGCAUGGUUAAUUUAAUCCUGGCCUUUGGGGAGUACAGGCAAUGCCAUCGGAUCUGUAACUGGAAAAGGAAUGGUGCUGCGAGAUGCAGCACUGCUCAGUGAAUUUUAACGCUUUUAAAUGUGUCCACUGCAGGGCGACACAAUUACUCCUGGAGAAAUAGGAAAAAAUCAAAAAACUCCAAACGAACAAAACCUCCUUCCACAUAAAUACUGGUAGAUCUGUCCUUGGUUUAGAAGGAAUAGUGGUGUAAAUGGAAAAGGAAAGUCCAGGCGCUCGGUGUAGUGCAUGCAGGAAUUAUAUGGGAACGGGUGCCGUUGGCAGGGAGUCCUCUUAAUCCAGGAAAAUAAAGUUCUGCUGCAUCCCUAAUAGCGCUGGCAGGAAAAUUAAUAUCCUAAAGGAUUUCUCCUCAGACCAUGAAUAAAAGAGCACAACUCAGAUGACCUGUUAAUCUGCCCAUAUUAAAACUCCUCAGAAAAAAAAAAAGCCUGUAAGCCAUUAUGCACCGAUUGCUUGAUAAAUGGAGAAUGUGCGGAUGAAGGGACCUGCAUGCUUUUGUAUUUUGGCUUGGGGGAAAGAGUGGGUGAAAAUCUGCUUACAAAAACUGAAAAAAACAAAGCCUACAGCUUUUCUAUGGCAUCUUAACACAACACAUGAAAUCUCUAUGUUUGAAGUUUUCUAGCUCAACGCUGUAUAUUUUGUGUGUAGAAGCACAAACGCAUGUGCAUAAGUUUCCAGCCACACUAAACACAUAUGGUAUGAAAUGUGUAGGUUAAUUUUAAAGGGAAUGAGGAAUGUUUGUUUAUAAAGUACUGUAUGCUGUAACAGGCAUGGACAGUAUAUGUACAUAUUUAUUCUGAUGAAAUUUAACAAAAUUGCUUUUCUUUUUUUUUUCUCCUUGUAAAAAGGUUUAAGAAUGUGGUAAAUUGUAUAGAAAACUUGUUAAUGCCAAACUACUGCUUCAAGGGUGUCAUACAAUUUCUUUGACGUUUGGCCUCCUCCAUUAACCUUUGCAGCUCAAAAAAAAAAAAUUGCUAUCAGCUCAUAUUGGCAUUUACAGCUAGAAGUACUGUAAAACAUAUAUUUAGCUUUUAACAUUCUCAAGUAAGAUUCUAUAGAUAUCUUAUUAUAAAGCAGAUCUUAAUACAACAACUUUUUGUUUUUAAUUUGAAGUACCUUACUCUGUUACAGCUUUGGGUACCAAAAAGAACAUGUUAAAAUUAAAUAAAGAAAUAUAUCUUUGGAGCUUUAUAAAACUAACGAAACACCCAACCAAAAUACCACGAAGUGAUUAUAAAGGAAAUAAACAGAAACCUUUCAAAGACCAGAAUUCCAUUCCUGUCUUUGACAUCACUACUACAGAUCGGUUUCCUGGUUUCUUGAAUGUAUGGAAAGUUAACAUCGUCAUUGUGAACGUUUCCAACUUUCUUUCUCUUUUUAGUUUGAGCUUUCAGUGGUGUAGAGUAAGUGAUGGUAAAGUUGGUAAACCUGAUUGUUUUGAAAGCUGUUGUUCAUGGCUGCAUUCUUUGUGUUGCACAAAUUAGCUAACUGUUGUUGAAUAAAAAUAUAAAUAUGUUAA